AACUCAUUUCUGUCAGUGUGACUUAAAUGAGCGGUGGUCCUCUAGAACUCUGCUGUGUUUGGUUGGAUAGACUUCUUGCUGAUAUUUUUCUCUCUGCAGCGGAGUUUUAACAACACAUAUCACAUGAAACUAGAAGAUCUGAGGAAUCUAUCAGCACAUCCUGAUAUCAGCUCAGGAAGGAGCUCGGCCGUCAUGUCUAAAGCGACGGUGAAGAAGCUGCACUGGCGCUCGAAGGUGCAGGAGAGCUUCGUCCCGCUGGGUGGCGGCUCGGCAGAGCUCGGGCUGGCCAUCGGGGGUGGGGCUGACUACGGCGAGUUCCCAUUUGUCACAGCAGCCCAUGGGGGCGGGGCCACGGUGGGCGACAUCAUCUUAGAGAUUGGGGGCACGCCCGUAUUAGGGAUGACCCUCGGUGAUGUCAGAGGAGUCUUGAACUCCUGUCCUCAUCCAAUCAGAAUCAAGACGGUGUCACCAGGCUCGUCCCUCUGUAAGGACCUCAGGUUGUACCUCAGUAAGUGUUUCACUCCGGGCUCCAUGGACAGUCAGUUGCAGCAGCUCAUCAGAGAAAACCUCUACCUGAGAGCUGUCCCCUGUACGACCCGACAGCCUCGUGACGGGGAGAUCUCAGGUGUGGACUAUAACUUUGUGUCCAUCGAGGAGUUUUUCUCUCUGGAGGAGUCUGGAGCGCUGCUGGAAAGCGGCAAGUUCAAAGGAAACUACUACGGGACGCCCCGCCCCGUCCACAUCGGCCCCGAGAGCCCACCAAUCACCUACCAGGAGCACCGCAACCUGCUGAGGAACUUCAGGACCCGCAGCAAGUCUCUGAGCAACCUGGAGAAGGCUGGAGAGGAGGGGGACAACAGCGAGGAGGACUCAGGCCUCUCAGCAGGGUCAGCCGGAGUCCCACCUACCAUCCUGCCUCUCAGCCAAUCAUGGGAGUCUGCGGUGGGGAGUCGGGAGGUGACGGAGAAUGGAGGAGGAGGAGCAGGGAGAGGAGUGAGAGGCAGAGGGAGAGGAGGAGGAAGAGGAGGAGGAAGAGGAGGAGGACCACUGCCUGAGAAUUGGGAGCUGGCCUUCAGUGACUCAGGAGAGCCCUACUACAUCGAUCACAACUCGAAGACGACGAGCUGGUUCGACCCUCGGACUCUGAGCAAAGAGACUCCGUUCACAGAGCUCCCAGAGUUCACGGAGCAGCCCAGUCAGCUGAAGGGUUACUCCAUCCACACUCGUCUCUCUAAAGGUCCUCGAGGUUUCGGCUUCAACAUCGUCGGAGGAAGUCGACCACGAGAGUUUCUGCAGGUUUACAGUGUCACACCUGGAGGACCACCGGCCCUCAACACAGCCGACAUCCUGGUCUACAUCAAUGACGGCUGCGUGCUGGGCCGCUCACACAAAGAGGUGGUGGAGUUGCUGAAGGCCGUACCCAUGGGCCAGAGCGUGGACGUGGUGUUGCGGAGAGGAUACCCCAUGCUGUACAACCCCGAUGGCUGCCCCAAACAGAGCCUGGAGACGACUCCCAGCGAGCCACCGCCCCAUCUGAGCCGCCUGACUCACCUGACGUACAGCCGGACGCCGGAUGCCAACGGCAGCACGCCAGGAAUGGGACACACCCCGCCCUCCUACGCUGCUCAGCCAAUGACGAAUGGGCUGACCAGCCCGUCCACGCCCACUUCACCUGACGCCCCCCUGGGUCCACCCCCCCCUCCAGAGAGGACAGCAGCCAAUCACAGCGACUCUGAUGGCGGCUUGUCCAACCCCGGGACACGCAGGUCUUCUCUGAUUGGCUACAGCAGCAGCACGCUGCCUGCCCUCUUGUCGUCCUCGCUGCUCCGUCAGAGCUCCAAGUCCUCGGAGAGCGACCUGUCCUCGUCCACGCUGCCCAUCACGUCCUCGUCCUCCCACACUCUGUCCAAACUGCCCCUGUCUCAGCCGGAGACGGGCAUCCUCCAGAGCUCUGGCAGCCCCGCCGCCCCGCCCGUCCCCGCCGCCGCCUCCACGCCUCCCGGUGCUCCUCAGCGACCGUCGAUGCCGCAGACGUCCCUGGCCCCGCCUCCGGCCAGAGAUGUCCCACCCUGUGGCUUUAACGGCUGCCCGGCCAAUCACCAGGCUCCGUCCCCGUCCUCAAGAGGAGCCCCGGGGCUGGCGCUGCCCCUCGGGGUGCCUGGGGUGGCGCCCGGGGUGGCGCCCGGCGGUGAGCUGGUCCCGGUGGCCCUUGGGUGCAGUGAGAGCGGCGGGUUGGGCUUCAGCGUGACGGCGGGGGGGCAAAGCGGGCAGCUGGCCAUGGUAAGGCGGGUCUGGGACCGGAGGCACUGCCCCACGCUGCAGCCUGGGGACGUCAUUGUCAAGGUCAACGGGGCGGACGUCCAGAGCCUCAGCUUCUCUCAGGUGCAGAGAGUCCUGCAGGAACACACCAAACAGGGCGAGGUGGUUCUACUGGUCUACAGAGGAGGUCUUGUGUCUUCUCCAGUCGUCACACCCAACCUCUACAAGCCCCUCCCCUCGCCACACGGCCUGGCCACGCCCUCUUCCUCCCACUCGCCCACUUCAGCCGACUUGCCUUCGCCGUCCACGGGUGCCUUGGUGGGGGUCCCCCCGCUCAGCCAGGCUGGUCUGGUCCUGGAGAGUCCUCAGGAGGGGAACCUGGCGGCCCCAGGGACCCACCAAGUGGCUCCUCCUGCUCAGACCCCCAACGGGCCACCCUCCUCCGGCCUCAUCCAGAGCACCAGCUUCCUGGACUCGGUUCCUGUGACACUGACUCUGGAGCCGCGGGACCUGCUGGGAGUGGAGGAAAGUGCCGGCGGGCCUCCUCCCGUCAGAGGGGGAGGAGCGCUGGGAGCCGUGUCCAAGGAGGCAAGAGGAACAGUGAAGGCGGUGGAGGUGGAGCUGAGGCGGCGGUCCGGAGAAGGCUUUGGGUUCGUCAUCGCCUCCCAGGAGGCCAGCGGAGCCUCCUCCCUGAUGUCUCACCGCUUUGUCACGGUGCGACGUGGCAGCCCGGCAGCUCGCAGCGGACACAUCCAGCCCGGAGACCAGCUGGACGCUGUGGAGGGACGGCCGGUCGGAGGCCUGCAGCAUCGAGACCUGGCCCAGAUACUCCGCAGGGCCGGGAACACUCUGAGACUCAGCAUCACACCACGCCAUCACUCGUCAGACGGAGCCGACCUCGACAUCGACGGAAGGCUGAUCAAAGGAUCAAGAGCCAGGUCAAAGGAUGAGUCGAGGUUCUACAGUGUGGAUCUGGAGCGUGGGCCGACAGGUUUUGGUUUUUCUUUGCGCGGUGGCAGCGAGUACAACAUGGGACUGUACGUCCUGGGUCUGAUGGAGGGGGGGCCAGCCCAGCGCAGCAACAAGAUCCAGGUGUCUGACCAGCUGGUGGAGAUAAAUGGAGACAGUACGUCGGGGAUGACUCACAGUCAGGCUGUGGAGCAGAUCAGGAGAGGAGGACACCGCAUACACCUGGUCCUCAAGAAGGGAAACGGAUAUGUACCAGACUACGGCCCUGAGGAAGGAGUUCUCUCCCCCUCCUCCUCCUCCCACACAGAGGAGGUGACUACCACCUCCCUCAGCCAGCACCGAGGAGCAGGAGGCGCUACAGCAGGAGGAGGAGGAGGAGGAGGAGGAGAGAAGAAGAGGAGGACCAGGAGAGAGGGAGAAACCAAACGAAGAACAGGAGGAGGAGGAGGAGCAGGGCCUCCUGAUCUGGACCUGGACGUGGUGGAGGAGGAGGCACGGCUGGAGGAGGAGGAGGAGGAGGAGGAGGAGAGGAGGAGGAGUCAGACUGUCAGGCACAAGGAGAGGAGAGAGGAGCAGAGGGAGCAGGGGAGGAGGAGCAGGAGCUUCCCCAGGACCAGAGCUCCAUCCUGGGACACGCUGCUGCUGCAGGAGGGGGCGGAGCUCCAGGAAAGGAGGAGGAGCGAGGCGAGGAGCAGGAGGAGGGCACUCCACGCUGACAGAGAGGAGGAGCAGCAGGGGGAGCAGCAGCAGGAGGAAGAGCAGGAGAAGGAGAGGAGGAGCAUUGCUGGCCACCAUGCAAAGCAUUCUGGGAGCUCGGGCACGGCAUUCUCCUUCCUGAUGCCACGGGACGACGACGUACAGCGCCCUCUGUCCGACAGCGAAUCAGCAGCCAGCUUCUCAGAGGUCAGCCUAUCAGCAGCCAGCAUCGACACGGAGGCUCCUGAUUGGAGGAGAGGUGAUGCCGCGGGGGCGUGGCUAAUGCCGAGCCCCCAGAGACUCACGCAGGUUCUGAUUGGCAGCCGGCUCAGUGGGCGGGGCCUGAGGGGCGGGCUCUCUCUCUGAUUGGCUGCAGCAAAUCUUUCUGUUUUUUUUUAUUGGCUACUUGUAAGGGCUUUCUGAUUGGCCAGCAGAGAGAAGACCUGCCAGCAGAGCGCUGGCUCUGAUUGGAGGAGGAAAGACUUGUUUUUGAUUGGCUGGUGGGAUGCCAUCGUUAUUUGCCCAUCAUGCCUCAGUGCACACACACACACACACACACACACACACACAAACUUACUUUCCUCCUCUUGCUCCUCCUCCUCCUCUCCUGCUCCUCCUCCUCCUCCUCCUGCUCCUCCUCUCCUCCUCCUCUCCUCCUCUCCUCCUCCUGCUCCUCCUCCUGCUCCUCCUCCUUGAGAUCUUGUAUGCAAACAUUAGACUUCAGUCUUGUGUCUUUCUGUAGCAUGUGAAAAUCAACGGAAUGAUUUUUUUAUUUUUAUAAGAUCCACAUGUAACAAUUGUUAUUAUUAUUAUUAGUAUUAUUAUUAGAGAUGAAUAGACCAGAGACGAUCUGUUUGCCUGCUUGCUUGUAAAAAAAAAGAAAAAAACUUGAUGCAACAGAGCCAUAAAACACACACACACACAUACACACACACACACGCACACACACACAGACAGGCUUAUGACAUCACUGGGGGAGGACGCUGCAGCUCUGAUCAGAAACUAAAAGUGCCUCAUUUAAUUUCAGCCUUCGACCUGCAGACAGACUCUCUCAGACUCUCUGAAACUCUCUCAGACUCUCUGAAACUCUCUCAGACUAUCUGAAACUCUCUCAGACUAUCUGAAACUCUCAGAUUCUCUGAAACUCUCUCAGACACUCCAUGACUCUCUCAGACUCUCCCUAACUCUCUGAGACUCUCUUAGACUCUCUCAGAUUUUCAGACUCUCAGACUCUCUCAGCCUCGACGUUCAUGUCGUUGUUUAAAUUAUCCAUUGGUCCUACCAUCAGAACACCGAUAACAAUAACGAGGUGAUCUAAGAGUCCAAAGUGAAGAAACUUGAUCGAUGGUUUCAGAUUCAUAUCAGUUCUUCUUCUUCAGAUAUGAUUUAUAUUUUUAUGUUUCCCAGCAGAUCAGAGACUCUCACUUAUUUGAGAAAUGUUCUGGGUCGUCUGUUAUUUUAACGUAACGAAACAUUUUGAAUCAAUUUUAAGUUGAAGUAUCUGAUCAGACUGUGAGCAGAUAAUCAAUAUCAGGACUGAUCAGGAUUCUGCUUAUUCUUCUGUCAAUUAUUGUAGUUUUUAACGUCAGAUUGUUUCUUUUAAUGCACUGAAAUAAAAUGUAGCAUGUAAACAUCUCAUCCUCCAUCACUUCCUGUCUGCAAUCACACUACAACUCCCAGGCACCCCUACUCCCUUUAGCCCCGCCCCCUCAGCCUGCUCCAUUUAGCCCCGCCCCCUCAGCCUGCUCCCUAAGGGCAUUCUGGAUCUUUCUUCUUCUUCUAUGCAUUUUAUAAAAGACUCUAAUAACGCUCGAAUAAAGAUGGUCCCAAUAUUCAGGUUCUGGUCUGAGACGACCAGGAAGAACUCAAAACUUUCAUCAUGGGAUCAGCUGUCAGACAGCAGGAGGAACACCACAAGAAUGCCACGGAUUAAAAGUCAUGGAGGAACGUCACAGAAUUCGACUGAAGUUUUGGUUUAUUAAAGUCCAGCAGUCGACUGGAACACAAAGCAGCUUGUUGUUCAUAUAAAAUCAUGUUUGUCUGACUGAAAAAUGCUCUGAGCUAACCGUUAGCACGAUAUCUCGCCAGCAGCCUCAUUCAACAAAAACACUAAAGAAAAGUUUGUUUUCUUUCUGAUUUCUUCAUUUCAAAUGCACAGUUAGUUUUCUCACAGUUGCAAAGCUUCACUCUGCUGCACCAGACUCCAUCCAGGAAACCCUUGUUUUAACAGAAAACCAUUGUUUUAAAAGAAAAUUAUUGUUCCAUUUCAUCCCUCUGGAUGACUUCAUCUUGUGCAUGUACAGGUCAAGCAGUUAUACCAACAAAGUCACCUGUGACCCCCUGAUGACCCCUGGAUAGGUUUUAUCUUCCGGUCAUCCAGGAUUUUAUAGAACCGUACUUACAUACUUAACUUUCGUUUUAACAGCAGUGUUCUUGUUUUCUGACAAAGCAUCAGUUUAGAAUCAUGUUGGAGUUUUUUCAGCUCUUUUAGAUCCGUUUAUUCACAUUAAAUCACAGAUAUAUCUCUUCAUUUGCUUCAGACUGAUGUUGGAGCUGUGUGGGAGGAAACUUAAUGUGUUUUGUGUGAAGAGACUGAAGAUAAACAUCCACUUUGUUUUCAUGUCAGUGUGUUAAAGUGCAGAGCUGGUUGUUGUUAGCUUAGCUUAGCAUUAAGACUGGAUGCAGAGGGAAACUGCUAGCAGCCCACAGCUAGCCUGGCUCCGUCCAAAAACGUAAAACAUGCUAACUGUUUCCCCCUGUUUCCAGUGUUUAUGCUAAGCUAGGCUAACCUCAUCCUGACUGUUGAACUGUUGCUGGAAAAUGCUAACGCUAGCUGUGUUAGCUGUUAGCAGUUAGCUAUAACUUCCUCUCACAGUUAAUGACCUCAGAACAUUCAGUCACAUGACUUCAGUUUAAACUGAAUUAUGAAAUAUUAUUUAUUACUUCACCUUCCUGAACUUUAACAGGUGAAGUUUUUACACCUCAAGCCUUCAGCAAUAAAAGCCAGAAACAAACAUUAGUCUUCUGAGAAAAAGGAGGUCUUUUAUUUUGAAAAGCUCAGAGAACAGAUGUUUUUCCUUCCUGUUUGAAACUUUAUUGAUGUCACAACCAGCUCUCUCUCUCUCUCUCUCUCUCUCUCUCUCACACACACACACACACACACACACACACACACACACACACUUCAUCAGUCCCAGGGCUUGCAGUUAAGUAUCAUCUCAGAAAUGUCAACAAACUACCUUUUAUUUUUUUAUGUCAGAAGUCACAUUUUUAGUUAUUAAACUAAAUUUACAGAAAUACUUUGAACCAAAAAUAAAACAUAUGAGACGCUGAAAGAUUUUGAUCUAUUUUUCUUCCAUGUUUUCUUUCAGACCAGUGGAAAUAAAAAACACAUUAAGGUGUUUUUAUUAUUUAUUUUGCCUGUUUGUGUCUGCAGAUUUAUCCUAAAUUCACCAAAAAAUGGUAAUAAAUAAUUCCUCAAUUAUAUAUUAAAAAAUAACUAGCCCUCUCAAAAUCAAAUAAUGUAAAAUAAAAGUCUUAAUGUAUUGUUGGAUAAAUAAUAAAGGUUGAAAUAUUAAAAAUGUGUCAGAUUUCAGCCAGUCAGCUCACAGUAAGCAGUCCAUUCACACACACACACACACACACACACACACACACACACACACACACAGACACACCUUGCCUCCCCACCCCCAAUACUCAGAGUGCUCAGUGCUGCCCCCGGCUGGUCACUCUGUGAACUGCAGCAGAUGUUAAAUUAUUAAUCCAAAAACUUUAAUUAAUAUUCUGACGAAGAAACUCCUUUCGAUUCAUCAUGUUUGCAUGAAAAUCGACAUUUGAGUAGAAUUAUUUAAUAUGAAACAAGAAUUAAAAACAUCCAGAGGUGUGAUUUGUUGCUCAGCAACAGACAGGAAGUGGCUCUGUCAGAUAAUUGAUGACUCAUUAUGUACAGAUUUAUAAAGUGAUGAUUGCUUUGUGAUGCAGCUAACAGAGAAUUUAAUAAAUGACUUGCAGAUGUUCUGAGAUGAUCCAUGACUUCAGUUAUUAUCAGAUAUAAAUAAAAGUUUUAUUCAGC